CCGGAGCAGGUGGAGUUCUUUUGCAUGCAACUCGGACCCCUUGUUGCAAGGCGAUCGAGCGGGAGGGACACUAAUUUCUAACGGACCGGAGUGCCGCACCGGAUCUGUUCCCCUUUUUCGGAAGGCGUCUUGCGGUAGGAGAAGAGGUACUGCGGGUCAGAGCGUGUGUUGAAAGUAUGUUCACACAGGCAGCGGCGUCAAGUGUCUUGAGCCUGCUUUGCUGUAGGGCAAGAGGCCUCUUGUGUAGUUCCCAGUUAACCAGCUAUGUUCAAGGUCGAGAAAACCACUGGCAGUCUUCACUUCUGACGCUCAGGGCAGCUCUACCCAUGAGGGCAGAACCAAGGAAGAAAAAGAAAGUGGAUCCAAGAAGAGAACAAGCCAUAAAGGACCGGAUGAAGAGAAGGUUAAAAAGACUGGAAAAAGCCCCACAGGAGCUGAUCCCUAUUGAAGAUUUCAUCACACCAUUCAGAUUAAUGGAUGCAAAAAGGGUACGAGCUGCUUUGCCCUUGUCCUUCGAGGAGACCGAAAGGCGAGCCCUCCUGAUGAAGAAGUGGGCAGCAUACAAGCAACAGCAGCGCAUGGCGGAGUUAGAAACCAUCAAGUCCCUGCUGAAAGCCCAGGAGCAGGCCUUGAACGAGCUGCGUCUUGAAUCAGAGGAAUUGUACCAGGCGGCCAUCCGGCGAGAUGACAACCUGUUUCCUUUUGAGAGGCAGGAGCCCAUGUAUACACCCCCACUGCCUGAUUACGAGGCUCCUGAAGGAAAAUGCAAUGACGUCACCAGAGUAUAUACACAGUGAUGGGGAAAGGUUGGCGUGUGACUGCUGGAAGAUGCUCCAUUCAGUAAAUUCACCCAUAGGGUGCAUCUGGUUCUCUGUUAGUUUUUGAAUUCCCAGUUGCAGAUGGCCAUCUGUUAACUCAUUGUACAGACUAAGUCAGCACCUAACAAGAAUAAAUCUUUCGUUUGGAGGGGUCCAUUUUUUAAUAGGGAA